AUGGCUCAGAAUGAGCCAAACAAUAGUUAUGGGCCAGGUUUUGUCUCUUUGGAUGAUUUUGAUAAUCAUGUUGUAACGGGAACCACUACUCACAUUGUCUCUUUUUCCCGUGCUUAUUUAAACUUGAGUAUUGUUCUAUCUAGGGAGGCGGAGUGUGAGUCUGGUUUUUUCACUCAGUCUCUCGGGGCAGUAAAUGAGAGAGAUUCUCAUAGUCAUACUAGAGUUUAUGCUUCUUUUCAGAAUGAUCUUGUUGAUCUCGGCCAAAAUGACCCUUUCCAUGACAGAGAAACGAAUAUGGUCGAACAUGAAGGUUUGCUGGAACUGACUAACGGAUACUAG